CUGAGAUGAAGUUUCCCUAUGCUCUGUUGCUCCUUGCAGUACUGGCAGCGUUCCUUGCCAUGAUGACUUCAGCGGAGAAAAGAAGCGAGCAGAUGCGUAGUGGAAGUGUAUAUGGCCACGGAUGCCCGGACGCCGAAGAAUGCACCAAAAGCUGCCGAUCACUGGGUUUGAACGUAGGCAUAUGCCUUCAACCUCUACUUGAAGUCUGUCUGUGCCUCGACGACGGCUGGGAAUAGACCUCGGGUGCACGCAGGCUCAAUAGAUGUAUCCUGUUUGUCUCGAAUUAAAGAAUUUGUUGAUCUGAUUUGAA